CUAAUUUAAAACUGGCAACACUGACGUGGAUAAGCCCCCAUAACCUAACAUCAUAAACAACUCACACAGACAGAGACAAACUACAACAGGAGUCUUUCAACAACAUAAAUACAUCAUCAGAAAUUAUAUCUACUAUGUAAUUGGGUGAUUUUUUUGAAACGAAACGAUAGGUAUUAGAAGAUAUAGACAUGGCAGAUUUUACAGAGAAAAUAGAAUUGAUAAGGAAACAUUUGAAAAGCUAUCCAGAUUUUCCGAAAAAGGGCAUUUUAUUCUGGGACAUUUUCGCUGUUUUACAACAUCCGCACGUUUUAGCGGCGUUGAAAGAUGUUUUGAUACAAACUGCAAGGGAAAUUCAACCACCUGUGGAGUGUGUGACUGCCCUGGAUGCACGUGGAUUUCUGUUCGGAACGCUUUUGGCACUGGAUCUAGAAGUACCUUUUGUACCGAUUAGGAAAAAGGGAAAAUUACCUGGAAAUGUUGUGUCGAUAGUGAGCACCAAAGAAUAUGGAGAAGUGAGUUUGUUUCAAGCACAUUCGGCAACUGCAGGAAGGAAAGCGUAGAAGGGCCACACGUUAUUUUUACCAAAUAAA